AUGCCCACGAAUCCGAAGUACGACCUGGUCCUUCUGGGCCCUACCGGCUACACCGGUCGGUUCUGUGCAGACCAUAUUGUUCAGAAUCACCCCACCAAUCUCAAAUGGGCUCUCGCCGGUCGUUCGGCAGCAAAGAUCGACCCCAUUGCUAAGGAGCUCCAAGCUCUGGUUCCUGACCGCGUGUCGCCAGAGGUUCUGCAGGUUCAGCUCAACGAGACCGAGCUAGAUGAGCUGGCAAAGAAGACAAAGAUCAUCAUCAAUUGCGUGGGCCCUUACCACAAGUACUCCUCUCCCGUCGUGGAGGCGUGUGCCAACAAUGGUACUCACUACCUGGAUGUUACCGGAGAAACCCCUUGGAUCAGGGUUAUGGUUGACAAGUACCAUGAGAAGGCGAAGAGUAACGGCUCAAUAAUUAUCCACUCGGUUGGCGUCGAGAGUGCCCCUGCCGACAUGCUGGCCUGGGCCCUGGUCAAGCGUGUUCGUGAGGACAUCUCGUGUAAUACCAGGGAGAUUUACAGCUGCAUUAAAGAGAUGAAGUCCUCCGGUGCUAGUGGCGGUACUCUCAACACUAUCAUCAGUAUUUUUGACUGGCUCCCAACUUCACAGCUCCUCAAAUUCGCCGGUCCCUUCACUCUGGCCGCCUCCCCUCCUCCAAAUGACCUCCCCCGCGAGACUUUCUUCCAGAAGCUUCUGGGCGUGCGCUCCAUCCGCGACCUGGGCACACUUACCACUUCUCCCAAUGGCAUGGCUGACAUGGCCAUCGUGUACCGCAGCAGCUCGCUCAUGCCAGAGUUCUACGGAAAGCGCUUCGCCUUCCACCAGCUGCUCAGCGUUCGCAACGUCUUCAUCGGUGCACUGGUGCACGUAGGUAUGAUGGUGGGUCUCUCGCUGUUGUUGCUCUCACCGGUUCGCUGGUUGCUGCGAAAGCUCGUCUACGCCCCUGGCAAUGGACCAACCAUGCAAGACUCACUCAAUGAUCGACUUGAGUAUCAUGCUGUUGCGACCGCCGACCAGAACGUUCCUACUCCCAAGCGUGUCCUUGGUAAACUCAGCUUCCAGGGCAGCAUGUACGUGUUUACUGGUCUCCUUGUGGCUGAGGCGGCGAUGGUUAUUCUCAAGGACGAGGAGAAGAUCAAGAAGGUCUCGCGAGGCGGUAUCGUGACAACUGCCGCUCUGGGCCAGGAGUACGUGGAUCGCCUGGAUAAGGUUGGAUGCCGUAUUGAAACCAAGGUCUUCGAGUAUUAG